AUGGCUUCUCUUCAGCCCCUCUCAGGAACAGAAGGUGUGAAGGAUUGUGAGUGGCCCCAAUUUGCAGAGGCUGCUCCAAGGCAUCGUUGGUUGGAUACUACCUGUGAACGGAUGCAUCCGAGAGGCCCGUCCAACAGUUACAUGAUGCGGAAACCUAAGAUCGUGCGGCAUAACGCCGACGACAUUGAUCCACCGGGGGUAUAUUCCCAGACCAGUAGAAUGGAGAGUCCUCCCUCCAAGAUCAUGAUUAGCGCAAGAAAAAAGCCCGAGAAACCAUGUGCACAAGGCCGAGAGAGCCAAGCUCAGCGAGCGUCCGUGUUGGCCGAGCCCACGAGAGCCAUCAUUGGAGGAAGUCUCCACCCCGCGGUUGUCGCAAGUUCAGGCGCGAGAAACCAGUGA